UCCCAUUAUGAUGCAUUUCUUGCAAUUCACUCUCCCCCCUCUUCACCCACGGGCUUUUGUAUGACGGUAUGAAAACCCUUUAGACCAUUCUGGUCACCCGAUGACCGUUGCUGGGAACGUGCCCUGUUAAUCGGAGAGCUGUGUUCAAUUUCGGGGGCCCCGUCAUCUGCCCACUUACGUGCUCCCCGGAACAACAGCCACAGUAACUUUCACUCACUCUCUCUCACCUUUCCUCUCCGCAUUCAAAUGCGCCUUUCCGCUCAGUACGACGGACUGAGGCGUCCGUUGCAUCAUUGUGACUCUGCCUACGGGGCCUGAGCUUCUAAGCAUAUUUUGUCGUCUAUUUUCUGGUGAUUACACUACCGGGGCAGGGAUCGUGAUGGUUCUUUCACCCGACGAGAAAUCGCAUCGCCCCACCAUUCACAACCUGAAUUCAUAUGCCAAAGACGAAGCAAGACUCCUUCCCACCAGCAGCCAACGACCUGACCCCAAUGGAGUGGCGAUAGUCCCCGGACAAGCUGGAAAAAUCAUGAAGAAGAAAAAGGGAGACUCCCCAUACGGACCCAUCGAUCGAAUAUCAGGGAAGACUCGACAAAGCGGGCCUGUCCGUGCAAGUAAGCGGGAACCACGUCCUUAUGGUAGGCACACGGAGGAAGACUCGACGGCGGCGGCGUCGGGAAGGCCGCAUAAACGUCCCCGCCUCCGUGCGCAGGAACCGUCCUCGUCGUCGUUGACGGGAAACCUCCUCGCCCUCACUGACAGGGGUAUAGAGGAGUACCCCGUGCUGGAGAUACCCCCCACUGCCACGCAUCCGUCACGUAUGUCUUCCACCUCGAGCCAACUCUCCAAAACGUCAGCGAGGAAGGAGCGGAAUAACUCAUUGUUCUCGAAAGAGUAUCGCGCCGUUGAGGACAUGAUCCAUGUCCCGCAGCAGCAGCAUAGGAAGGGUGCCAAGUACGGCAAGAAGCCGCCCGCUUCGGCGUUGCCCGACGAUGUCCACGAGGAACGCUUUACAGAGAAUGCGGCUAGCGAGAGGCGUCGGCGACCUUCUUCCGAUGGCGCUGGCAUUUUCAGGACCGAUAGACCGGAUCGCGCGCCUAAACAUGAAGUUUUUAAGGGCGUGGAGGUUGUUUCAUCCAAGGAGCAGGACGCUCAUCAUCGCAUGCUGGCUUUGGGCCCCCGUGUUCGACAUGGUUCUACGUCUCCUACGGAAAUCAGAGAUCUCUCCGACACACAUGAUAGCACUGACGAAUUGGUGGCAGUCGAGGUCACGAGUAAGAAAGCCACGGAUAAGAUUCCGAGCGAGAAGGAAGCGGUUCUCGCGAAGAAGCGUCAACGAUCGUCACCGUCCGACAUCCAACCGACUGAUUUCAGUCCUUCCAAAACUUCGUUCAAGAACAAGCGUGGUUUGAAGAGGAAAGAGCCGAAGGCCGCUGCUACGAUAGCAGACCCGAGUUCAAAGCCAUUCAAGGUUGUCUACGCCCACUUGGGCCAUGAGGAAAAGCAUGCCUCUGAUCGCCAGGGAAUUGAGCUUGUCAUGGACGAAAAGCGAAACAAACUUUCGUUACAUAUACAAAAUGAUCCGGCAGGGGAUUUUGAGCUACCAUUUAAUCGAAUCAACAGAGUGAUCAGUGGGACGUCCGCGAGCUGCAGGGUUACGCUCUGGUUGUCGAAAAUAGAAGGGCACCAUCAGAGGGUAGACAUGGAAUUGUCUUCGCCCGAAGAAAGGGUACGGAUUUGCACUGGUUUAAAAGCACGAAAUGUCACCAUGCAAUUCAGAGAUGAGGACUGGAUGGAAGGCUCUUUUGAGAAAUAUGGGAAAGAACAAAAGCGACACCCCAACGGACUCAAACGACCAGCGUCUGCGAGUCCGGAGAAAGUGGUCGAGAGGCCAGUAGAACCGGUCAAAAGAAUGCGACUUGCAGACUCCUUGCAAGACGAAAGAGGAAACCCCACAGUCACCGCCCCCGGGAAACCGCCCGGCCGCUCCAAUUCUGCAGCCAAGUCCAACCCGACUUCACCGGACGUCAGUCCUCGUGCAUCCAACCCAUCCUCCGGCCUAAGCGUGCAGAUCCCAGUGAAGACUUCUUUGCUUACUUCAGCUCGCUUGUCCGAUCGCCAGACCAGAGCCAUGUCGCGUCGUUAUCCAUCGACCACUGUCGUGAGUGAUGAUGAUAAUGAAGAAGAUCACUCGGCACAGUCGCAGUCCGAUGGACCUAUCAAAAAGUGGCAUGAACCCCUUGUUUAUCCACGAUUCGGGAAGAAAAAGGCCGAGGUGAAUAUGCAAGAUCGCGACCGACUUCGCAGAAAUGACGAGUUCUUGAACGACAAUCUCAUCGAAUUUUACAUUCGCUUUUUGCAGGAGCACCUCAGUCGGACGAACGAAGAGGUGGCCAAGAGAGUUUACUUCUUCAACUCAUUUUUCUAUGAUACCCUCAUGAAUAUUCCGCGUGGGAAGAAGGGUGUCAACUAUGACGGCGUGCAGAAGUGGACGAGAAAUGUCGACAUUUUCAGUCAUGAUUUCGUGGUCGUGCCCAUUAACGAACAUGCUCAUUGGUACGUUGCGAUCAUAUGCAAUCUACCAAACCUGCAGGAGCUCUCCGAGCCGCAGAUAUUGGACGAGCCGCUGUCUAGCGAGGUACAGUCCUCGGCUCAGCUCGAUAGUCAGGUGCAAGAGAUACCGGAGACUCCUCCGCCUCAGGCCCCUCUCACUGACGAAGGGACUUCGACACCUCGUGAUGGUGAUGCAGAGCCUGCGAAGGAAGAACAGACUCGUCAUUCGCUGGCUUCGAUGAGCUUGGCGGACGAGCCCCAAAAUAAUGCUUCCAAGGAGGCGACGCCGGCGGACGAGUGGCCCGAGCGCGAGGAGAUGUCGUCCCUUCCUGCGCAGAAGUUUCCUCAUGCUGAGGCAGAGCUGCCAUCUUCGCAGGCAGCUAGCUCCCAAAGCUCCGCCAAACCCACCGAAUCGUCUGGUAAAGCAGGGCGAAAACCGCCAACGAAGCGGACAACUAAGUUCGACAUCACCCAACCCACCAUCAUCACAUUCGACUCAUUGGGCAUGACUCGCACACCGACCUCUCGGAUCCUGCGCGAAUACCUCUACGAGGAGGCGAAAUCCAAGAAAGGCAUCGAGAUCGCCGCGAAGUGCAUCCGAGGGAUCACGGCGCAGAAGAUUCCGCUGCAGCCCAAUUUUUCCGACUGCGGGUUGUAUCUCCUGGCGUAUAUGGAGAAGUUCGUGCAGGACCCGGACACGUUCAUUCGGAAGAUCCUCCAGAAGGAAGAUGUGGAAUGGCCCCCGCUCAAAUCCGGACACCUCCGCAAACGACUGCGCAAAUUCCUCGACGCGCUGUAUGAUGAGCAGGCGCAGUUGAGUCGACAGGAGACGGGUGCGAAGGAGACGAUGGCGGAUCGGACACCAAUUUGCUAUCUUCUGGGGUCUUCAUUGGGAUCGCCGGAGGUGCAGCGUAAGAUGAAGACGGUGGAGUCGCCCGCGAAAGUCCCUGAUGAGCAGGCCUUGACAUCGCCGUGCAAAGCGCCUGAGCAAUCUGGUUCACCGUCGCCGGCUAAGAGGCCUAAGAAGUCGGAUUCGCCGUCUCCGUCCAAAGCCCCUGAGAAUCACCCUUUGCCGGAAAACGGUGCACAGGUCUGCGAACCUCAGGUGGAAACUGAGGAAGCCGCAGAAGCAGAGACUGGCGAUAAGGAGACAGGAGCGCGGGAGGAACCCGAGGUUAGUCUUGUGUCAUCUACACAGAACAAGAAAGAGCCCUCUAGCCCGCGCCCGGAGCCUCGGGAGUCCGCUCCAAAACAUGUUUCACAGGAAGUUAUCGAGGUUCCAGACAGCCAAGAGCCGAGCACGUCUCCCACCAAGAUUGGGUUGAAGACCACCAAGCCACACAUAGUGAUGACCUCUCCAUCCAAGAUCAGGUUGGAGGCUACCAAGCCAUAUACCAAAACCACAUUCCAAUCCAAGGCCAUUCCGGAGACCACCAAGCCGCACACACCGAUCACCUCCCCGUCCAAGGCCAAACCAGAGACCAAGCCAUAUACCCCGCUUCACCUAUCGGCGCUGUCCACCGAGUCCGAGACUAAGACGCAUGGCAAUGAGUACGGGAGUGUGCUAGGCACUCCGGUCGAAACCCAAGUCCCCGGGACACCUUCGAAACCCACCCUAGUCAAGGACAGUCCGUCGAAACCACAGUGAACACAGCAUAGCCCGAGUGGGUUUUCUCGGGAUUUCUUUCACUCCGAAUUUUUUUCUUUUUGAACUCUGCAUUUCGACCUCACUGGCGUUCGGAAAAUUGUGGGAUACAGUUAGCAGUAGCAUAGAUACCAGAUACCAAGCUUGCUUGUUGCAUUUGUGUGCGAUGAUGGGAAGGGUGUUGUCGAUGUGUCGUCAUGUCAUCAUGUCUUGUGCGUGUAUAUAACUUAUGAAAUGUUUCAAGAAUC